AUGACCAAAAUCUGUGUGGGCGGCCUGUCCUUGCGCUUGCCUCAGUCGGCGAACAAGGAAGAGUUUUGGCAACACCUUCUCCAAGGAGGAGACUUGGUCACCGAGGAACAACGCAAUUGGGCGCCGGGUGAUUUCGGUGUCCCUGCCCGAUACGGCAAGCUUUGCGACUACGACAAAUUCGACAGCAGCUUUUUCGACAUUCAUCCCAAACAAGCGAGCAAGUUGGACCCACAGGUCCGAAUGCUUCUGGAAGUGUCGUACGAAGCGAUGCUGGAUGCAGGCAUCAAUCCCGCCGAGUUGUCUGGUUCCAACACUGGCGUGUUUGUCGGCACUUGUGGCUCAGAUGUCAUGGCCAACAAUGCGAAUGCCCUCGAUUCAGUUUCUGGAUAUGAGGCCACUGGCUGUGCUCUGUCGAUGUUUGCAAACCGAGUGUCUCACCACUUCAACUUGAAGGGCCCGAGCCUUGCCGUGGAUACUGCUUGUUCGUCUGCGUUGACGGCUUUUGACUUGGCGGUGCAAAUGAUUGAGAACGGUCAAUGCGAGAGAGCCAUUGUGGGCGGCGCAAAUUUCAUCUUUCACCCCUUGUGGACUGUCUGUUUCAACCGCCUCAACAUGUUGUCCCCUGACGGCAAAUGUAAAUCAUUCAACGAAGGCGCGGAUGGAUUCGCACGUUCCGAGGGAAUUGUCGCCAUUCUACUGACUCGUGAAGACCUGGCAGUGAAGAAGUAUGCACGGGUUGUCGCCUCUGGUUGCAACAGCGACGGUUUCACCGAGCAAGGAAUCACCUAUCCCAACCAAGAGUCUCAGCAAAUGCUUCUACGCCGAAUCUAUGGGAAGGACGGGGUCGACCCCAACUCCAUCGCUUUCGCUGAAACGCACGGAACUGGAACCAAAGCAGGUGAUCCUGUUGAACUUGGAGCCAUGGAACAAGUACUAUUUGAGGAGCAGGGACGCACAGCGCCGCUGCUCGUGGGUUCUGUAAAAUCAAACAUGGGGCACGCUGAAGGUGCGUCUGGAUUGGCGGGAAUAGCAAAGGUACUGCUUUCCAUGCAGCAUGGAGUGGUUCCAUCCAACCUCCAUGCUGAAAAUCCCAAGGGAUCGAUAUCUGGACUGAGAAGUGGUCGUUUUCGCAUCAACGACAGCUUGUCCCAGUUUGAGAGUGGGCUGGCAAGCAUCAGCUCGUUCGGGUUCGGUGGCAGCAAUGCUCAUGUUGUCCUCGAGAUGAUUCAUGAAAACCCAACAAAAGAAAGUGCCGAGAAGAUUGAGACAGCCGAAUGGCUAGCCUUUCCAUACAGCUCUCGGACCCAAGAAGGACUAGAGCGGCUUGGUGAUGAGAUUAUGGCGGCCGGCCAUGAUCCUGUCGUUUCUACUUUCUUGACCCGUCUCAAUGCUCAACCACUUCGCAAGCAACCUUACCGCGGGAUGAUCUUCUGCACCCGAGAGGAGAACGUGCGAGUUCAAGUCGUUGACAACAGUGCAGAGCCCCGGCCAGUGUGGUUCGUGUGCAAUGGAGUUGGCUCGCAGUGGUCAAACAUGGGGCAGGCGCUGCCUAAAAUCCCUGCUACUCGUGAGCUACUAUCACGCUGCGCAGCUCACUUGAGCCAACACGGGAUUGAUCUAGACAGGCUCCUGUACUCUUUGGACAAAGAUCUCUGGUGUCCGACCAACAUCUUCGUCGCCGUUCUUGUGGUUCAGCUGGCUCAGGUCGAAGCACUCCGUCUUUUGAAUGUGACACCCAGUGGGUUCUUUGGACACAGCCUUGGGGAGUUAGUCUGUGCCUAUCUCGACGGUGCAAUCAGCUUGGAGCAAACGCUAGACAUUGCUUUCUUUCGAGGGCAAGCGUUGGUUGAAGCUAAGCUUGAGCCUGGUGCAAUGGCAGCCGUACAGACUGAUCGCGCAACGUUAGAGACGUUGCUCCUCGAAGGAAUUGAAAUCGCUUGCCACAACGGUACCCAGAGCUUCACUGUGUCAGGCCCUGCAGCCAGAAUCUCUCGGUUUGCAGAACAGGUGAAAAACGCUGGAAUACCCUGCGCUAUCGUAGAUUGCGGUGGCAUCCCUUUUCAUCACUCGUCGAUUCAAAGGACUAGGCCAGCGUUUGCCCGACAUCUGAAGAAGAUCAUCCAGACUCCCCAGGCACGUAGCGGGAAAUGGCAAAGCAGCUCCCGUCAAUAUCUACAUUUGCGCCCCUCCGACGACGCCGACAUCGAGUACUUCAUUGACAACCUCGUCAAACCGGUUCAUUUCUUUCGCUGCCUAGAUCAAGUGCCCACUGGAGCUAUUAUCGUCGAAUUGGGGCCUUGUGGGCUCUUGCGGAGUCAAUGCUACGCAGGGGCACCAGAAAGCCCACACAUUUCGCUCGCGAAGAGAAAUGUACCCUCGUCGGAAAAGUUCUGGAGGGGUCUAGCUGAGCUGGGCUGUCGGAAAGGCGGGCUUGAUUGGCAAGCUCUUUUAGGCAAGUCGACUGGCGUUGAAAAUCCCUCAGCACAUCUCAAAGAACUUGUGCAUUGGGAUCAUCACAAGACAUGGGAGCUGCCCGAGAUCAAGUGGGGUAAGGGCACUGCAACCGAUCAUGUCGAGGACUGGACGAUUGACAUCAAUGAUCCUGAAAAUGCUUUUGUCAAAGAUCACAUUGUGAACAGCAACCCAAUCUUCCCUGGGGUGGGUUACCUCCAUCUUGUUUGGCUCACUCUGGCGAAGGCGCAGCGGAAGGACCCAUUGAAACUACCCGUUGAGUUCAAGGACAUUCGCUUUGUUCGUGCCUCGAUCUUCAGAAAUACAUCCACCAUCAAGCUAAGUGUCAAAAUUGACUCGCUCCAGAAUACAUUCACUGUGACGGAAGGAGUCCAGCUUGUAGCGGAAGGGAAGAUAGCUUCGACGGAUUCUGCAUCACUUGACAAGCAACGCUUUUCGUUAAGCUGGAUGGAUGCCGACACCAAUCGCAAUUUGCAGCGUGACGAUGUUUACAGGCUGUUCGUGAGAACUGGAAUUGAGUACGGAAACCUGUUUCGUGGAAUAUCCCAAGUCUCAGCGGAUCGGAAGCAUGCGGCAUUGGACUUCACGCAUAACUGGCCAACCUUUUUCGACGCCACCUUGCAACUGCUUUUUGUUGGGUCAGCAAAUGAAGCCAUAGGUGUGCCCCGCUCAAUUGGCAGCUUUCGUUUCGACCCGAGGUGCCUGCCUGAAAACCACAAGAACAUUCCAGCAUCGAUUGAGAGCUCCAAUGGGUCAGUACGCACCCCCGUCGUCGAAAUCGAAGAUGUGGCAAUCCAUUCCAAUUACUCGCCCCCCAGAGAUGAGGUCGCCCUACACAAGGUGGACUUCAAAGCGUUCAUUGCUCAAUCUGAGUUUGAUAACGAGACACAAGAAUACGUUGCUGUGUGUCGAAACAUGCUCUUUAGUCAGCUGUAUCGCAUUUUGAGACAAGAGGAUUUGAGCGCCUUUAAAGACGCGACACACUUGCGCAAGAUCGAGAGCGCACUCCUUCGUACGGAUCAAAUUGAGAUGGACCCCCCAACCCAAGCCCUUCUGGAGAAGUUUAUAUCGCAGCCUCGGUCCCAUAUGCUCCGCCUCAUCUGUCAUCUUUUCGAAAGAUGGCAAGAGCUGGUGCACGAUGCCAUGCCACUCAUCUUGUCACACCCGGAAUAUACGAGCAGUUACCGAGACGACCGAGUCUUCAAAAAUCGCCCAGAGAUUCUUGAGAACAUGCUCGAGCUUGUGGUGCAAAACAGCAACGGUGUUCUUCGAACAAUUGAAAUUGGCGCUGGAAGUGGCGCACUGACAUCAACAGCGCUGCCGUAUCUAUCAAAAUACGCCGUUUCCUAUGAGAUCUCUGAUGUUUCAGCUGGCUAUUUCGGCGACUUGGCCAAAGAGUUCCAAAUCUACUCAGCAAAGAGCAAAUACGUGGUCUGGGACGCCAACGAACCGGCCCCUGCCGGAGAUGCCUCGUACGAUCUCAUUUUGGCCUCCAACGCAGUUCACACUGUGAGGAACAUUGGACACACGUUGAAGCACAUCGCCCAAGGUUUGAAGAAAGGUGGUUUUUUCCUCAUUGAGGAAAUGACAGGCGACUUUUGGUUCUCGCUCGGUCUCUGGGGGUUCAUUCGCGAUUUUUGGACCUUUGACGACGAGAGAGUCUGUGGAAUGUAUCUUGAUAGAGAGGGCUGGAUCCGAGCGGCACGUGAAGUCGGGCUGGAGCUGGCAAUGUCUCACGAGAUCGGGGGUUCACUUUCGUAUCUUUUGUUCCGCAAAGUGGAGCAAAAACAGGUCUCAACAAUUGAAUUUAGCCCCGUUGUGAAGCCAAGCGACUUGGUGGAGCUGCAGCAUUCUCUCCAAGCGCGAUCACCAAAUGAAACCCUAUGGCUGCUGGGUGACACCACGAGCUCACCGGGACUUGACGGCUUUGUGCGUUGCCUGGCCCAGGAAUCAGGUCAGAAAGUGCGUGGACUCUGUGUCGACGGAACAAGAAUGCCGGAAAGCAACGAGCUUGAACGACUCCAAGCUCUCGAUCUCGUGUCCAACGUUGUGAGAAAUGAGCAGUCAGGUACCUACAUGCGCUCAGAGUUCUGCCAGCAGCGAGACAAGCGUGGCAUUCCGGCAGACACAAACUUCCAGCUGAGGGUGAUCUCACCAGGCGAUCUAGGAUCAAUUCGUAGAGUCCCCGAUUGGACGAUGGAUUGUAGUUCACCAAAGGCAGACGUCAAGUGCUUCCCUCUGAAUUUCAAAGAUGCUAUGCUAGCGAGUGGGCGCAUUUCCUCCCGUACCUACAAACCCUUCGGAGAGUCCAUUGGGUUGGAGUAUGCUGGCGAGCUCAAAGACGGAACACGCGUAAUGGGUUUGAAUCUCUCUAACCUUGGGAUAUCGCCGCGGGUUCCUGUGGAUCGGUUGGAGACCUUUUGGACUAUCCCCCCCAGCAUGAGCUUUGAGGCAGCUUGCACCAUCCCCGUGGCCUAUGCAACGGCGUUUGAGGGAAUCGUACUCAAAGGACGUGCACGUCGCAGCCAAAGUAUCUUUAUUCACUCUGGAGCCGGUGCCGUCGGUCAGGCGGCGAUUUGGAUAUCAUUGGACCUUGGUCUUGAGAUUUUCACCACCGUCGGUUCAGACUCCAAGCGAGCAUUCUUGUUGGACCGUUUCCCCAAUCUGAAGGAAUCACACAUCCUUGACUCUCGCUCCAAUUACUUUAAAUCCCAGCUUCUGAAACUGACAAAUGGUCGCGGAGUCGACAUUGUCCUGAACUCAUUUUCAGGUGAACGGCUUUUGAAGAGUGUGGAAGCGCUUGCCAAGUACGGCCACUUCAUUGACAUCAGUCGAUACGAUGCGUUUGAGAACCACCAGCUUCCGAUGAAGCACUUUCUCAAGAAUAUCACCUACUCAAGCAUCGCUCUGGAUGAGAUGUAUCACGACCAGCACGAGGACAUCUUCAUCAUCCACGAAUACAUCCAGGAUGCGCUUGACAAAGGAGUCAUCCAGCCAAUCUCCCACUCACCUGCAGAUGGCGUCCGUUCAGCUGUGGAGGAACUCCUUCGUGGUGACACGAUAGGGAAAUUGAUAUUGAAUAUGAGUGCUUGCCAGUCAUCAAUCGAAGCUCUGAACAUCUUCCACUGCAGACCCGACAAGCAGUACCUCGUCACAGGCGGGUUAGGUGGUGUUGGGAUUGAGUUCUGCCAAUGGUUGUUGUCUCGAGGUGCUCAACGCAUCACGAUAGCCACACGUUCUAGUAAUCUCACCGCGUACCAGCAGCUCAAGGUCAGUGAAUGGCGCGCACAAGGUGCUCAGAUCGAUGUUACCGAUGCCAAGCUCAGCGACCCCGGAAUCGCCGAGGAAGUCGUUCGAAGCCUGGAGCAGCAAAUGUCGAUUGGUGGUGUCUUUCAUCUGGCAAUGACCCUUCGCGACGAUUUAUUCUCCAACUUCCAGUUUGCCGACUUUGAGCUUCCUAUUCAAGUCAAGGUCUCCAUCGGAGAUGCUCUUGAUCGCGCGUCCCGAAAGCAUUGCUCUUCGCUCGAUCAUUUCGUGGUCUUUUCGUCGGCUAUCGCUUUCUACGGCAACGAGGGGCAGUCCAACUAUGCGUACGCCAACAGCACAUUAGAAAGACUCUGCGAACAACGUCACCGUGAUGGUUUACCGAGUGUGGCCAUCCAGUGGGGCGCACUCGGAAACGUUGGAUUUGUUGCACGUGAAAAGAUGGAGAACUCCUUUGCCCACUUGGGUUUGAAGGCGAUGAGCCUUCCAUCGUUGCUCGAUUCUCUUGACAGUCUGUUGUUGAGCCAAGCACCAGUUGUUUCUGCCUACGCUCCACUCGAACUGGCCCAAGCCAAAGCUUGCGGAGAAGGCACCAGAAGCUUGCUCUCUGAUGUGCUUCAAAUCGUGGGGUUUGAGCAGGCACCAGAGGACGAAGACCACACUCUUGCCGAUCUUGGUGUGGAUUCCUUGAUGAUCGUCGAGAUCAAUCAGAUCCUCUCCCGUGACUAUGGCCUGACUUUGGCGCCGAAACAGAUACGUGAACUCACUCUCUCGAACAUUCGGAAAAUGGAAAGCGAUACCAACAAGCCGGGUCCAAAAUCAAGCCCGCCGACAGCAACCCAUUUACUUGAGCAGGCCCCUACCCACCAAUCGUGCAAACGAGCUCUUUUCUACUUUGACGGCAUGUUCCUAGACCCAAAGUUGAACUUGGAGCGAGCGAAACUCGAUCCAGAGACGGCAUACAUCCCAGUUCCAUACCAUCAUCCUGACUGCGAUCUGGACCAGCUCACAGAUAAGAUCCUUCAGCAGGCUUUGCGGUUUGCCCAGAACAACGUUCCCAUUGAGUUUUUUGGGUUCAGUUUUGGUGGCAUUGUGGCAUCCGUGGUCCAGCAGACCCUUCAAGAAGAACUGCCGGCAGUAGUGGUUACUUGUGCGGCUCUGCCCAGAUGCAUCUACAAUGGCAAGGAGAUGGCUGAGGUGAUACCCCUGGUGAACAGCCUUAGUGGCCAAGAACACGUUUCCACCAUCGACGAAGCCAUCGCAGCGCUGCUCACAACAACAAAAGCGAGCGAUGUGGCUGCUCGCAGAGGAGUGUUGGAGGGUCUGCAGUCUUGCAUCAACUUUCAAGCAGAGGGACUCAGCCGGGACGUUCGAGUCGUUGAGGCGAAACAUGACUCUGGUGUCGUUAUGCAAACGCUUCUGGGCAAUCAGACGAAGAAUGGCGUUCACGAAGCUCUCGCCUGA